UCCCCCUCAUGAACGAGAAGAGCUGUUCAUACAGAAGUUGCGACAGUGCUGUGUUCUCUUUGACUUCAUCUCUGACCCGCUCAGUGACUUGAAGUUCAAGGAGGUGAAGCGGGCAGGUCUCAAUGAGAUGGUGGAGUACAUCACACACAACCGCGAUGUCAUCACUGAGGCCAUCUACCCUGAAGCUGUCAUCAUGUUUUCAGUGAAUCUGUUCCGGACACUGCCCCCUUCAUCCAACCCGACAGGAGCUGAAUUUGAUCCUGAGGAGGACGAACCUACACUAGAGGCUGCCUGGCCACAUCUCCAGCUGGUGUAUGAAUUCUUUCUACGGUUUCUGGAAUCGCCUGAUUUUCAGCCAAAUGUAGCCAAGAAAUAUAUUGACCAGAAGUUUGUUCUGUCAUUACUGGAUUUGUUUGAUAGUGAAGAUCCCAGAGAGCGAGACUUUCUCAAGACCAUUUUGCACAGGAUUUAUGGAAAGUUCCUGGGCCUGCGAGCAUAUGUGAGACGGCAGAUCAACAACAUAUUUUACAGGUUUAUCUAUGAAACGGAGCAUCACAAUGGGAUUGCAGAGCUACUGGAGAUCCUGGGCAGUAUAAUCAAUGGGUUUGCUUUGCCUCUGAAGGAAGAGCACAAGAUGUUCCUCAUUCGGGUGUUGCUACCUUUGCACAAGGUGAAAUCACUGAGCGUCUACCACCCGCAGUUGGCAUACUGUGUGGUGCAGUUUUUGGAAAAGGACAGCAGCCUGACAGAACCAGUAAUUAUGGGCUUGCUGAAGUUCUGGCCAAAAACACAUAGCCCUAAGGAAGUGAUGUUUCUCAAUGAGCUGGAGGAGAUACUAGAUGUGAUUGAGCCCUCUGAAUUUGUAAAAGUUAUGGAGCCCCUCUUCAGGCAGUUGGCCAAGUGCGUCUCCAGCCCACACUUUCAGGUGGCAGAGCGGGCGCUGUACUACUGGAACAAUGAAUACAUCAUGAGUCUGAUCAGUGACAAUGCAGCCAAAAUUCUCCCCAUCAUGUUCCCAGCACUGUACAAGAAUUCCAAGAGUCACUGGAACAAGACCAUUCAUGGGCUGAUCUACAAUGCAUUGAAGCUGUUCAUGGAGAUGAAUCAAAAAUUGUUUGAUGACUGCACACAGCAGUACAAGGCAGAGAAGCAGAAAGGGAGGUUCAGGAUGAAAGAGCGAGUAGAGAUGUGGCAGAAGAUUGAGGAGCUGGCCAGGCUGAAUCCCCAGUAUCCCAUGUAUUAUGCACCUCCACCUUUGCCUCCUGUUUACUGCAUGGAGACAGAGACCCCAACUGCAGAGGAUAUACAGCUACUGAAGAAAACAAUGGAGACAGAAGCUGUGCAGAUGCUGAAAGACAUAAAGAAGGAGAAAGUUUUGCUGCAUCGGAAAUCUGAGCUUCCUCAGGAUGUCUAUACUAUAAAAGCCCUGGAGGCCCACAAGAGAGCAGAAGAAUUCCUCACCUCAAGCCAGGAGGCGCUCUGACGGGCUAGGGAACUGCCCUGGGAGGCCUGGCCCCCUUCACUCCCCCCAGGGGUUACACAAAAAUGCACUUGGUUCUAAUGUAUAACUAGGGAAUGAACAUGGUGAGCUGUGCCUGUCCUCCACUCCAUUCCCAUCCUUUCAGGGUAGAUUUGGUUUUACGUUGUACCUUGUAUCUCAUCACUUUGUCAUGUCCUCCUGCUUUUUCCUCUAAGGCUGUUUUUUGUGUGCACGUGCAAAGGGAGUUCACCCGGUCCAUGUCUGUAUCAUUCCAGGCAGGAAUAAUAUAAUUUCCUGCUGCUUACUGAACCAAACCACAGCCUGGGACCAAAGCCUCUUGAAUUCUAUGUCUGGGCUGAAUUUUCCAGCCAUAAAAUGCAAUGUGGUUCUUCCCUGUCCAUGUAUUACCCUCCAUGCACAGCCCUGUACCACAUAUACAGCAAAGAGCCCCAGAACUGAAAGAUAGCAGAUGCUCAAGUGGUUUGGAUCUUGUCCUUCAUCUGGACAGGAUAAUUCAAGUGGGUUCUCAAAGGCUGCCUCCAGUCACAUUCUAGAUGUCCCAUUUUAGAAGUGGAUUUUCACCUCUGCCCUUGGGCAAUGAUUCAUCAAGUUCAAUUGUCUCAUGUAGCAGAAGCCUUGCUUGGUCCUUACUUAAUGGAGUCCCUCCAUUCUGUUCUCCUUUCUGUGAUGUGAGGCUAAUUCUUUCCUGGAUGAAGUACUUUGUAAUCUCUAGAUGAAAGCAUUGUGUGGGCACAAAUGUUACUAAAUUUAGGGAUAGGUUCCUCCUAUCCCUAAAGCAAUCAGUCUCGCCCUUCUUCCUUUAGAAAGUUCCCUAUAAGACAUGUGUCAUCCAUGCUAUUCUAAGGAACAAUUCCGUCCAUUCCUUCAGCCUUUUUGUUUUUCUCCUGAGUUUCUGAAAGCUUGUCAAUACCACUGAGGAAGUGAGGGGCCCCAAACUUAAUGUGCUAUUCCCAGGCAGUCACCAAAGGGUGAAUAUUACACCUCUCUGCUUUAUCGACUCAGAAGCGGAACGGCUCUCCUUUUGUUGCCAUAUCGCAUCUGCACCCUACCUGUAUGCAGGCCAAGGUGCCCAGGAAGCUUGUGCCGAUUGCUGUAAUUCACUGCAAGCCAAGCGACAGGCAUGUGUUAUGGGCCCAGGUUAAGCUUGUGAGUAUUCAGUUGCAUCUGUGCUUUGGGGUCAUAGACCUAAUUAUUAGGAAACAAUUGCUUCUGCAGGUGCUAUAAGGAGAGUUCACCUUGCCCUAUCUGUACAAGCUUAGUUAGCUAUCUGAGCUGAACUCUAUUGUGGCAUCCUUGGGGGUCUGGGACCCUUGCUAGUUCUUAUGUAGCACAUCAGGGACCAGCUUUUAUAAGUAGGACUGUAUCUGCCAGUAGCCCAGGGCCUUCCUCCUGGCUAGUGGUUAGUACGUUAUAGUGUUUGGGCAGUUCUCUUGAGCGUUGUGCUCCAGAUGUCCCCCUUGCCUGGAAAAGCUGUUUUUUAUGGGCAGGGUAAAUUCACUGUUCUCCAUUACUUAUUUUUAAAUAAAAUGCUGGCCUUGCUUCUUUCUUAUGACAUAGCUCCUGAGUGGGUAAGCAGCAGCACUGUUGCUACUGGUUUAAGAGUUGCCUUCCAGAAUCAUGGGGGAAAAAAAACAAAUCACAGAAGGAAAAAUCCUUGUGGAUCAUGUCCUCUGCUGGCAUAUUCCACUCUCCAGCUUUACUUCCUUAGUGACAGGUGCUCCCAUGAGAGCUUUCUCCCUAGCCGCAUACCUUUUGCUACUCGCAUUCAACCCAUCUUUUCCAUUCAUUAAUCCCUUGCCAGGGCUCUUACUCAUAUCCUGCCCAACUCAUGUUAAAGUUCUUCUUCCUCCUCCUUGUUUAAACCCUUCACACAUACAUUAUUAACCCUCCGACUAUAGUCAGCUCUUUCCUCCCAAGUCAGUCAUUCCUUCCACUACAGCUCAUUCUUUUCCUUUGAAGUCCCUUUGUCCUUGCCAGACUUGCCUUUGUUGGCCAGAGGAUGGAAGGUGACACCCUAAUUAAGGGAGUUCUCUAAUUUUCUAAAGAUUCUCAAUACAAAUAGAACAGCACCUCCCAUCUGCUUUGUCCUGUGGGCUAAAUCAUCUAGUGAUCCAUGAAUUACAUGCUGGAGAAGUUUCUACCUUCAGCAUGAAUCAGAGUUCACAACCAGUUGUAAAAUAUGUGCCCUGUGCCUGGCAUGGUGUUUGGCAUAUGGCUGCUCAUAACGAUGUGGCUUUCACUUUGCUACAAAGAAAGUGAUGGGGAAGGGGUGCAGAGGAGUUGCUAAAUCCCAACAGCCCUCUCCUCACCCUCCCCCCUUGCAACUUACAAAAGGAACCUACAGCAGCCAGGGAGGAACUAACAUGUCUGAUGGGCCUUGGUGUGGUAUCACUAUAUUGACAAGAGCACUUGCGCAAGCUAUCUGUCAACUCAUCUCUGCUAUACUAUGGAAGGUCCCACUAGCUGCCCUGACUGAGGAGCAGGCAGUGCUAGUUGGAGGCCUAGGCCUACAGCAGGGAAGCACUUUGACUAUGGAAGAGAUGGAAUUGGCAGUUGCUGCAUUCCAGGCUAGAUUUUGCCUCUGGCUGGGCUCUAGUUCCUGCUAGAUUUGGUGGGGGAAAGAGAAGGAAAAAUAAGUUACACCACCCUAUUUGUACCACUACUUUUUCCAUUUGAGUUUUGUACUGCAGCUGUCUGGCUUAUCCCCACUUACUCAAAAUCUUGUUUUGGGUCAGGGAGUCUUUUAUGCUUAGCACAAUCACAUAACAUUUAGUUUGCCUAUUCAUUUCACUGUCCAGGAAAGCUAAGUGGUGGGGGUGGUGUGAGAAAAGUUUAAAUGCACUUGACACCUCUAUAAAACUGUAGUGACACAUGCAGCUCUUGGGCAUCGUCAACCACAUCAUAGCUUGUUUUUGUACAUUUGUUCCCUACCAUUAGCACUGACUUCUCCCUGUGCCCUACCCACCUCUCAGCCACAUGGACAGAGUUGGAGCUGCCUCUUCCACUUAUCACAUAGCUCUCUCCUCAGGAGGGCAAAGUAAAACUAAACAAUGCAUUUACCCCCUGGACACAAGUAUUAAGCUGCUUACAGUUCAUAUGUACAUAUGGUGUACUUUAUUUUCAGUAGAGCAUUACAUAGUAUGAAAGUGUUGAAUUUUGUACAGAUGUCCCUGUAUGUACAGAACUAAAUAAAAAUGGAUCUCUUGAAAAGACAA